AUGGAGGAUGCUCAAGCACAACUACUUGUAAACAUUCAAAACGAUAUUGCCAGCGGUACGUUCAAUGACAUCCAAAUUAUAUGUAAGGACGGAAAAACAACCGGAAGCCGCAUCGUACUGGCAGGAAUGUCAUCAUAUUUCCGGGCUAUGUUGACUUCCGAUAUGACAGAGAGUCAGACGGGCGUCUUGAACCUUCCCACGGUGUCGUUGUCGGUGUUGCAAGACGUCAUCAAAAUGUAUUUGUGUGGAAUUAACCUAGUGAAUGAAAACAACUGUGUGGAGGUAUUAGAUGUUGCAGAGAUGAUGCAACUUCAAUACAUCAAAAAACUCUGUAACAUCUACCUGAGGGAAGGUCUGGUAUUAACUGUAGAAAACUGUUUAAAUUGGUGGAGAAUUUUCAAAUUGUACCAUUUUCUUAAUUUGUCCAACCGAGCAUUUUGCUAUUUGGCUGAAACGUUUGUUGAUUUUGUUCAAACAGAAAAUGUAGUUCAGCUGUCAAAGGAAGAAUUUCUGCAAAUCAUUUCAAGAGAUGAUUUAAAAUGUAAAGAAAACAUCAUACUGAAAGGUGCCAUGAAGUGGAUUGUGCAUAAUAAUCCGGAUCACGAUGACGUCAAAACUAUUUUUGAAAAGAUUCGUCUAGAUAUUGUUGACUCACAGUUUCUGAUUAAUGAAGUGAUAUUUUCAGAUAUUGUUUGUAAAAACAAAUCUGUUCAGGAAAUGAUACAAAAAUCACUAAAUUUACUUAAUCAACGCACAGCCUACUCAAGGUUCAGUUCUCAAAGACAUGAUGUGUUUGUUCUCCAUCAAAACAACAAGUCACUUCUGUCUUGCUUCACGUCAGAUGGCAAGUGGGAAGACGUCCCACCAGCCCCAGUAGAUCCUGGAGACUUUUAUUCUGCAGCAAGUGCGGAUGGCAAGAUUUAUAUCACUGGUGGUAGUAUCAAGAAGAAAUGUACAUUACUUUAUGACACCAUUACUAGAAUGUGGGCAGUUGGUCCAGACCUCACACACGAACGUUACUACCACUGUAUGGCCACAGCUAACUCUAAAGUGUACUCGAUAGGUGGCAGAUAUUAUAACACAAUAGAAGUAAUGAACGAGUGUGAGAGGGACUGGCAGGUUGUUGGAGAUUUGGGGUUUAGACGAGACCACACUUUCCCUGUUACAAUUGGUCAGAACAUUCUCGUCAUGGGAGGAAGGGCAGGCUCAACCGGGACAGAUGUUAUCCAGUGUUUCAACACCACAACUCAGGCGGUCAGUCAGCUGAACACAAAGUUACCUUGUAGCUCUAAGUCAUUAAGAGGCUUUGUUCACCUCCCAGAUAUUUAUCUGUUAGACUACGACGGCCACGUGGUGCACCUCCAGGUCACCAACACAGAUGCAGAAAUCCAGAUUGAGAUUAAAUCCACAGCGGAAUGGAAAUCUCUUUCUUAUUGUUUUGGUGUAACACACCGAGAUGGAAGCUUGCUGUGUUUUACAAAAGACGGAAUUAGCAACUUUAACCUCGCUGAAGGUAAACAAGAACAGAAUACAUUCCCCAAGCCACUUAAAGCUGGUGUGGUAUACAACGCAUUUACAAUGUGA